AUGGCCCAGAUCAAGGACAUCACACUCCUUCACUUCAAUGACGUGUAUCACAUCUCCGACGUCGAGCAUGUUGCACGCUUCGCCUCUGUGCUGGCUGAUCCAAGCCAUGUCACCAGUGAUGUCUCUAUCCCUGAGCAGCAACUCCGACUAUUCAGUGGUGACGCCUUUUCUCCUUCUCUCGAAGCAUCCGUCCUUCGCGGAGAGCAUAUGCCCAUGGUUCUCAAUGCCAUGAACAUUGAUGUCGCCUGCUAUGGCAACCAUGACUUCGACUUUGGUGAGAGCCGCCUCGUCGAGCUGUCCAGAAUCACCAGGUUUCCAUGGACUCUCACAAACGUAGUGCGCAAAAGGAUGCCUUCAAGCCAGGGAAGAGAUAAUCAGCUAUUGGCCUUAGCUCAUACAUACAUCAUUCGAGAGGUUGCUGGGCUUAAGAUUGGAUUCAUUGGUUUGGCCGGGACUGACUGGCCAUCAAACUGUCAACAUCUACCUAGCUGUGACAUAUGUGAUCCUGCCAGCGUUGCCAAAAGCACGGCAAGACAUCUGCGGGAGCAUGAGAAAUGUGGCCUUGUCAUCGCAUUGACUCAUAUGCGCCUGUUAGAGGACAUGGCAGUAUCACAACAUACCAAGUCCGGUAGUGGUCGGAUUGACCUUAUACUGGGUGGCCAUGACCACAACGUCGUUCAAAGAGCAUCUACGGACUCCAAUAUUGACCCGAGUAUUGCGCGACAAGGCGUACAUACCGACGGCGAUGUGCGCAUUAUAAAGAGCGGUACUGAUUGGAAUAGCCUCUCAGUAUUGCGCCUCACAGUUGCUAAAUACCCCGAUGGCAAUGUAUCUAUAUCGAAUACAAAACUAUAUCAAGUGGCGGAUCUGAAGUCUCUGCCAAACUAUUCAGAGAUACCACCCUGUCCCAAGACCCUGAAAGUCAUCGCAAACGUGCAAGCCACAAUUGCCAAGUUGGUAGAAAAGCCCCUAGUGAUGACUGACACUCCGCUUGAAGGAAGGUCUCGAGUCGUCCGCAGCCGGGAAGCCAACCUAGGAAACAUGCUCGCAGAUGUGGUUCGCUCUUUUUACAAUACGGAUAUUGCCUUCGUUAAUAGCGGAGCCAUACGAUGUGAUAGGAUCAUCAGCCCAGGACCAGAUGAGCCUCUACGAAUCCGUGACAUCAUUGACAUCAGCCCUUUUGAUAAUGCCCUCGUUGUUAAACGUAUUAGUGGGCAUGUCCUGGCACAUGCACUUGAGAACUCAGUCUCGGACGCACAUACUGACGGACGCUUCUUGCAUCCAUCUGGCAUUACCAUGGUGGUUGAUUGGAGCCGCCCUGAGGGUCAGCGGGUUAGUGAUAUUGUGUAUUUAUCGAGGGAUGGGCAACGACAGGAAGUAAGGGCCAAAAACACGUAUACGGUUGCUAUGGUGGAUUUCAUUGCGUCGGGGUUUGAUGGGUAUUCCUGCUUUCAGGAUUGUGAGACUCUAGUUGACGUUGAAGGUUCGAUGACCGAUACGAAUCUUUUGUUGCAGGUGUUUGAGGAAGGCCCUGGAGGUGGAUGUGUUCGAUUUGUAGAUGAGACAAUGGAGGGUAUCAGGAGAGCCAGGAAGGCGAUUAUCCAAAGGAGAAAUUCUGUCAAUGGACUGCCCGUCAUCUCUCCAUCCAUAGAGGGCCGCAUACAGGUCAUUAAGCCUAACUUAUAG